GGCGCUACAUCGCCGCAUCGAUUUGCUUUUUUAUUUUAUUCAAGAUGUCCGUGAAAGCCUUCGUGGACGGUAUGUUGAAAUCCAACAAAGUCGUUGUCUUUGCCAAAGUACAUUGUCCUUAUAGCCAAAAAGCUUUGGCUGCGCUGGAAAGUUGCAAUGUAAAGCCGGGUGCAAUGACAUGUGUGAAUAUAGACGAGAGGCCUGAUUGCUCAGAGAUUCAGGACUAUCUACAGGCUAUGACUGGAGCACGGUCAGUCCCUCGCGUUUUCAUCAAUCAGAAGUUCUUUGGCGGAGGAGAUGAUACAGCUGCUGCUGCGAAGGAUGGAAAACUUGUGCAGCUUUUGAAAGACGCGGGAGCUGUUUAGUCAAUAUGUAACUUUAGAUGCUCUAAUACGUCAUUCUCACUUUGAUCGUUUGAUUCGUUCGUCCUACUUUCCAUAUUGCCACUAUGAAAUCUUCCCUUCUGUUCUUU